AUGUCUGGCUCUGGCACGGCUUCCACCGGUGGGCGCUCACGGACGCAGGCGAGGAGGAAGCAUAAUGACGAGGCUGGGUAUUUCGGGCCCGGUGGAGGCAACUCGACAGCGGGCGUGAAGAGACACGCAGUAGACAAGGCUGAUGGCGAUGGCCGGGCAAAGAGGAAGCGCGUGGAACCGGGAAACGGGAACACUGGACUAGGCAGCAACGCCUCACGGAAGGAUGGGGGAGAAACGGAGGCAAAGACAUCGUUGGUGGACUUCUCGACCAUGCCGCUCUCGGUUCUGUAUCGCUACAUGACACAGUUUAACCUCGUCCCCGUCAUUACGCCCUCACCACUAUCCCCAGAGGACCCGGCGCCGCCGUCAACCCUUGCCCAUCCGUUCAGACACAGCUCACGCCCACCGAGUCCCCCUACCCAAACCACACCCGCGAACAGACCCCGUAGAGACCCCCGGGAGCAGCAGCAACAUAGGAGACGGAGCCUGCGUUUGGUAGACGAAUACACGCCGAGGACACCAAUAUUGGUGGAUCUAGAGGAACUGAAUGGGGUAAUAGCAACGAUGGUGGAGAGACAUUUCAGGGAAGAGAUUGUGGUCAGUGGGCGGGAGGAGGUAGACACCCUUGCCGCGUUCAUGUGCGCCGUAGAGAAAUUCAAGGGUAGCAAAGCGAGGUGA